UCCUGACCCAUGCUCACAUCACCUCUCUUUGUGCUGGGCAGCACCACCGAACGAUACGACAAGCUACAUCAUCACACCACACGUUGAAUACAACGACACUCACACCGCAGUGUCCGUCCGCGCAUUGCGGACUCCGUCUGACGCUAUGAGCGGCAGCGUUCCAUCUGGAGACGGUGACGGAAUGGAUGAAUGUAUCGACCCCCGGCUGACGCUGUUGACCUUGGAUGGAGCGGUAUCCACGCCGGACCUCGUGGACCUGAAUGACUGGAUUCGCAUCGAAGAUGGCGGCUCGGCCCGUUCUCCAUCCCUCGUCAACUUCUCGUCGUACGCCGGAAGCUCUGCCGAUAGUCCCUCUAAUGACGUCGGGUUCGCCUCUCUGGAGAUGGAGCAACCCGAAUUCCCUGUGGCACACGCCCCCACAGCCCUCAGCGCUACCACUGGUGACACGAUGCACGACAUUGCAGCUGCGCAGCAUGGGGUCUUCACGGAGACGCCUGGACCUUGGAAUAUGACUAUGCCAGCCAAUGAGCUCGCUGCUCUCCAUGCCAACUAUUCCAACGUCUACAACCAGGCGCAACUCGGUAUGGACCAGGGGUAUGACUUCAACACCAUUCACUCUAUCCCAAACCCCCCAGCUUUCAUGAUGCAAAGCAAUGCCAAUCCUAGCUCCGAGACUUAGAGGACGAGCGAUUCUGAACAGAACUCACACCAGCUGGGCUGGCCUUAUCCCCAUACCAAUGGGUUGGCUACACCACACCGUGAGGGAUACUCAUUGCAACCACAUUAUGAUCAGUUGGAGGGGGAUGGAUAUGUGUAUGGUGAAGAAGAAAUUUUCGUACCUGGACAU